GCGGGGAAAAGAGCCAAGGCGGAAUACUGUUUGUGCCGUUUUGUCACCCCGCUCAGUCUUGACACCCGGGCGGUCUGCCCCCACCGCAGCCCAUGGCCACACCUGCAUAGAUGUGCCAUCCCUGAUCACCUGAGCUGCCCAAUUCAUGGGGGAUGAAAGAUGCUGAAGUAUUUUGUGUGGGAGAGGAAGCAUCCUAAAAAUGAAGAUGUGUUGCAAAGGUGGUGCCUAUCAUAAGAGAAGGAUGCUUGGCCUUCAGAGUCUAUGGAAAUCCCAUGCACCUCUUCUCUCUGGAGGAGGAAUGGGAAGGUACAGCCACACCCUGUGUGAGGAACAAUCGCAGCAGUCAGUAAUCCAGGCUAGACUGCAAUCUGAACAGAUUAAUAAAAUAUUUUCUCAAUUGAAAGCUAUGUGGGUUGGCCGAGGAUGUUCUCUUGCACAUGGAGGAAGACUAGUCUCAUACAAUUAGCAUUGUCCCAGACAAAGUCCUUACAAAAGCAUCGGCUCAGGCGAAGUCCCUACCUCUGCACUUCUGAGCUGAAGGGAAAUGGCAUUUGGUGGAACUCUGUGGAUGCUGAUAUUAUAUACAUUUUCAUUCAUUCAUUCCUUGCUGUUUGCAUGGGGAGUCUAUUAUCAUUUUAAAAGGACCCACAUUCCUCCAGGAAUCAGCCAGGGCAUAAAAUUACGAGUUUUCAGUUUUGCAAUGGAAUAUACACUUGGACUGGGAUUGUUUCUGGAAAAACUGGGCAUUUGCCAUAGAUACAUCAUCUGGAGGAUUGCGUUCAAUGCCAUACUAACAGGAAAGGACUCAAAGUUGAUCAGUAAGGACCUGGUUUUUGAUGGGGUGCCAGUGAGGGUGUACUGGCCCAAGACACCAGCUGCUGGGAACAGGAGAGGAAUCAUCUAUCUUCAUGGAGGCGCUGGACUCACUGGAAGCUUCCGAGCCUCUGAAAAGAUCUGCCGUUUCAUGGCCAACCAAAGUGAUUCAGUGGUUGUGAGUGUUGGAUUUCGUUUAGCUCCUGAGCAUCCCUAUCCAGUCCCUGUACUGGACAGUUUAACUGCUACAAUACACUUUCUGAAGAAUGCAGAGGAAUACGGAGUGGACCCCAACUGCAUUGCCAUUGUUGGGGACAGUAGUGGAGGCACUUUUGCUGCAGCUAUUUGUCAAGAACUGGUGACCAGAGAGGACCUCCCAAGACUGCGAGCUCAGGUCCUGAUCUACCCAUUUCUACAAUCAGGGGACUUUGAUUUGCCAUCCUAUCAGCAAAACCAAUCAGUUCCUCUCUUGUACAGAAAACGAGCUAUCAAACUUGGUUUGACACAUCUCACUGGGAAGGAGAUCAAUGUGGACCUAGUUAUAAAAGGUGCCCAUAUCCCUACUGAUAUGAGGGAGAAGUACAAAAAAUGGGUCAGUGCUGAUAACAUUCCAGAAGAAUUUAAGGCCAGGGGCUAUGUCCCUAAUGCUCCUGCCCCAUUUUCAGAAGAACUUUAUGAACAAGUUAAAAGAGCUGGUGAGGCAAUGUUUUGCCCCCUUGUAGUAGAGGAUGACAUAAUCCGCCAGCUCCCGGAGACUUUCCUUCUAACUUGCGAGUAUGAUAUUCUCCGGGAUGAUGGGCUGUUGUACAAGAAGCGGUUAUUGGACAAUGGUGUGCCAGUGACACAUCAUCAUCUUCCAGAUGGAUUCCAUGCAACACUUAGCUUUUUUGGUUUAUGGCCACUUGAAUUUCCGAGCUCAAGGAAAUGUAUGGAGCAUGUGGUACAGUUCUUAAAAAGUUUAUAUAAAUGAAUGACCUUCUUUGUCUUCCAUUGGCAGCCUUCCCCUGUUGUGGCUGAACAUUCCCCUCUCCCUGUUGUCCCAAUCCUAAAGUAAGACGAGAAACUCAUAUCCAAAAUUCUACCCAAUCUGAUUGAUUAAAAUCACCAUGACAUUUGUAAGUUCAUAAGCAAAGCGCUGCUGGAUCAGGCCAUUGGUCCACCUCAUCCAGCAUCCUGUUCUCAGAGUGGCCAAGCAGAGGCCUCUUGUGAUGCCAGCAAGCAGUACCUGGGUGCAAGAAAUCUUUUGCAGCAUUCAGCGGCAUACAGCUUCCAAUAGUGGAGGAAGAACAUAGCUAUUGCCUCCUCCAUGAAUUGGGCCUAAUCCUCUUAAAGCCAUUCUACCGAGUCACCAGGUUAGCUUAUUCCAUUAACUGCUGCUACAUAAUAUUUGAAUAUAUUUAGCAAUAAAGAAGGCGCUUCUGUGUAUUAAGCCAAACUGAGCUAAGCCUAUGGGAGUGAUAUAAACACAUUUAAUUACACACAUUUAAUUAGACAGGAUUAUAGCAAACACUCAUUUCGUAACACUCAUUCCGCAUUCGUAAGAAAUUGAACUUUUAGUGUGGCAGGACACACACUUUGGAACUCCCUGCCUAUUGAUAGCAAACAGGGCCCCUCACCACACUAUGUUUGGUGCCUGAUAAAAUUGUUGUUAAUGCCAGCCUAUCCAGAUAUGAAUAAUGUUGAUAUAUGUUUUAAGCUCGUUGAUGAUUUCAUUACUCUUUUCUGAAUCUUUUAAACAGCUGUUGUUACUGAUACUUUUGUUGUUUUGUUCCUCUUGCAAACUGCUUUGCAAUCAAGGUGUAUAUAGAUUUCAUGAAACAAUAAAAAAUAAAGGUGUUAAAAAGCAA